ACUGCAGCUUUCGCCUCCUCACGACAAUCGCCUACAAGUCCUUCAAAUGCAUACCUGCAACCAAAAUGGAAGAUUCUUCAGAAAUCCUAAAAGACGUGUCAGGAGCCUACUUGCCGGAGAAGAAGCUCCUUUUCCGCCACUUUCACAAUUCGCCACCGAGAUGUCCUCGUGAGCUGCAGAUCUUGCAGCAGCUUCUGAGGCGAUGGUUCUGACAGUCUAUUUGUAGCGUCGGGGCCGUUGAUCUCGUUGGGGAACUCCAAGCUUCUGCAAUGGAAACCUCCAAGAACCAUCAAUCCACUUUUACUUAUCCACGGUCAAGGAGAAUCACCUCUUCUUUCUUCGACAGUCUGACCUGUUUGCGAGGAAGACUCGAUGGGACUUAUGCUUCGCUGCUCUGUACACAAAGACCUCAAAAUCAAGACGAAGGCGUCGACGAAAGGCAUGUCUAUCCUGUAUUUUGGGUGAGCAGUCUGCGACAAAUUACCCUGUACUUGGCAUUAAGCACAUGCGGAGGUCGCAAAUGCCAAUACAAUGAUGACAAGCCCAGCAUGGAACCCCUCGGUUCACCUAUGGCUGGAAUCGCAGAGAACAUCGCUCUGUGGACUUUCUUGACAUUAUGUAUCGUUCGAGGUGCUCUUUACGCUUGUGCAUCGUUGAUCAGUCGACCUGCAACCUCAAUAAGCACUGCACAGUUGAAGGCUCGAGUUUCAAAUCACAUGUUGCGAAGCCCUCAAUGCAACCAACAUUGGGAUGGCUUGGGCUACGUUCGACGAGAGAUUGCGGUGACGAUAAAGCCUCACCUUUGGUCUUCUCAACUUCUCAUCAGUGUCUCUCUACUGCGUUGUGGUUGCUGCACGGGAAAGAAAAGGCCUUUACGGAACAUUCGACAUUGCAUCGAAAGGACAAAGAGACUCUCUUGUCCCUCUACAGAGCGCAAGGUAACUUACAGCUAUUGAACGAGCCAAUAAGUGAGCAGGUUUCCAGAUACAAGUGGGGCAGCGUCUUUGAUUAUGUCGGAGCUUCUUCCGCCACCCCGACCUAGAGAAGAGCAUCUCCCUUCAUACUUCU